GCGCCCUCUCGUAAUCUCUGUCAGGACGGCAAAAGGGCGCAGUGGAGGGGGAAGAGGCCGCUAAGCCUAUUUACGGUUGUGUGCGUUUGAACGAAGUGAGGGCUCGCGGCGAUAGAGCGAAAGAGAGACAGAUAUUCAUUGGGAUACGUGCAAAGAAGGGAGAGGGUUGGAGAAAAGGCCGGAAGAGGGGCGUAUGGAAGCCCCGGAGAGAAGACGGGAGGGGCGGCGAGGGGGAGAGGGGAAUAGAAGGUAUAGGAGAAAGAGACGGUUUGAUAGUGUGCGCGCAGGAUUGGGAGCGUGUACAACGGAUUAGUGUGUGUGUGCCUCUCUUCUGACAAUGAGCCGCGGCGGUGACUGUGAUAAGUGAGAGACAGCGGGAGAGAGAGCACGGUCUGCUAACACCGCAAAAGAUUCGCGUAGUGUGUGUUUCGUUCGUUAUUUUAUAUUUUAUUUUAUCUUUUUUUUUUCUUAAUUGUUAAAAAUAUAACGGAAAGAUAACCAAGUCAAAGAAAGGUGGUAGAGAGAGAGUGUGUGUUGUGUGUAUUCGUGCUCCGCGUGUUUUUUUUGGCAGUGGAGAAAGAAUCGUAAAAUAAUUUCAGCACGACAAAAAGGAUUACGAUAAUAAUCAUAAUAAUAGUAAUAGUAACGAUAAAAGUAUUAAAUCGUCGCUGGUGUGGAUUCGGGAGCGUUUCGGUGCGUGCGAGUGUGUUUCCGUACUAAAUAAAAAAAAUAAAAAAAUAAAAAAAAAUAAAAAAAAAGAAAAGCAAAGAGAGGAAAAGGAUCCGGGUGUAUAGUGAGUUCGUAAUAAAAAAAAACGAGAGUCAACUUGAUGACUCGUUUUUUCGUGUGGUGGCAUUCGGUUCGCCGUAUAAAAAUCCAUUAUUAAUUAUGUUCAAUGUACCGCCCAAGUUUUACGAGCUUUGUCGCCUUUGUUUAUCAUCGGACGGCUCUAAGCUGCCGAUUUUCGAUGACGAGGGAUUGCAGCGUAACUUUGCCGACAAGAUACUUACGUGCCUCUCGAUAGCGGUCAAAGAUGGCGACUGUUUGCCACCGAUCAUCUGUCACCGUUGCGUGUACAAAUUGGACAUUCUACACAACUUUCGCGAGGUCUCGCGAAAAUCUGACAUUAUACUCAAACAAUACCUGGACUGCGCGAAGCAAUUGUCCUCGCAGGACAGCCAGGAAAAAUCUUUCUCCACUGCCAAAAUAAAGGACGAGUCUCCGACGCAGUCGUUUUUACAAUUAAACAAAACAUUGUUCAACGAGGACGCAAAUUCUCCAAUCAGCAUAAAUCAAAACGUAAUACCUCAGACGGAAGAAUCGGACGAGACGCGAGACGAGGAGGCCGAAGCCAACCAGGAAGAAAUGGUUGGAAGUAUAAAGUGCGAGCCCGAGGAUGACACGUGCUCGAAUAGCUCGGAUCCGGACAGAUUGGAGAUCGAGGAUCGAGAGGGCGAACACGAGAGCGACGGCGAGGAAAACGGUUACGAUAUGACUGUAAACAAACGUAUCAAACUCGAGAACAGUUAUGAGACCAGCUCCAAAAGAAGUUCCCCCAACGCUGGCAGCCCUGUCAACAGAAUGGACACACCCGAGAGCAACUGCUCAGAUACUCACAUAGAUCAGGAAACCACUAAAUUGUGGCAGGCACUUGCUAACAACAGGAGCCUGGAAAUAACACGAACGAAUGGAGAUAAAUUGAACAAUGGUUUUACCGGUGAGGCUACAAAUUUACUCCGAUCGUUGAUAAACAAUCGACAAAUUGGAAUAACCGCUGUUGACGGAGAUCGAGCGUCGCCCCAAAUAAGAUUCUACAGGGAUACACAGGGUACGACGAUGGAACGAACGGCACCGGAUUGCUCGAUACUUGGCAACCGAACGAACAUGCCAUGUUUGGAGAGCAAGAGCGUCUCUAUGGACAGCAAUCCCUCGAGCCCCGCAAGUAUCGGUCGGAAAGAAACAAAAGGAAGAAGAAAGCAAAGCUAUCCGAGCAAAGCACCAACGAGUCCGGAGCUUAUGAAUUAUCAGCAGGAAUCGAGCGAAGAACAGCAGGCCCAGGAUUUUACAGCAUGGUCGAGCAAAAUGAAGAGGAAAAUAGACGAUAAUAAACAACAAAAUUAUGAUCAACACGGUGGUAAUUCGACGAAAAAGGUCGACAUGUCGUGCACCAAUUGUGGCACUAUGACAACGACAAUAUGGCGACGAAACAUGAAGGGAGAAAUGGUUUGUAACGCUUGUGGGCUUUAUUACAAGCUUCACGGUGUUAACAGACCGGUAACCAUGAGAAGGGACACUAUACAUACCCGUAGACGCCGACCAAAAGGUGAAAAGCCCACCCGGCACAGAAAGAAAGACGCCUCGUUAUUGCAAACGCAGCCAGAGCAAAUGGACUCUGAAAGCGCGGACAUGUUGGCAGCUCUUCGACGUCAGAUCCAGCCUCACUUGAUGCUGGCGGCAUUGACUCCACCGCAUUUGUCAGGCGGUCAUCCGGCGGCCUCGCCAGCCCAGCUCAAUUAUUCGUUACCCUUGUCGACAUACAUGAUGUCACACGUGAGUACGCCGCAGACGUAUUCGAUAGAUCUUGUUAGUCGUUUGGCGCGGAAAUCGCCGAGCGGAAAUUCGACGAACACGAGUCAUCAAGCUGUAAACUUUGCGCAGCACGUGAAGAACGAGGCGAGGGAAAACUCGGCGAGCCGUCGUCCCUCCGACGAGGAACCGGAUGACGGUGACGAGGAGAAUAUCUCCGACUUACCGCUCAAUCUCGUGGCCACUUCGCUCUCGGAAGAGGCACAUUGAACAGCACGUUCGAUUUAACGAGCACACACAUACACACACUAAAUGAGUGAAACACGAAUCGACGAACAAAUGUAGGAGGAACUGAAGAAAACGAAAGAGUAUCCACGAGCUCGUCGAAGGAAGGGCCCGUGGUAACCUUUACGAAGAAUCUCAGGUGACAGGAUAUGCGUUUUUAUAUCCGAGAAUAAGGGCAGUGAAAACAAGAUGAAUACUGGCCAAUUACAACGUCGAAUCGCCACCAUUUUCAACGCAUCACCGAUUCUCAUGUUCUUCAAUAAUCGAUGCCUUAUUAGCUCUCUAUUUAAUGUAUACGUUUUCUUUCAUAUAUACGUACAAAUGUGUACAUAUAGUGAUCGAAUGACGUGAAAAUUUAAGGCGAUUAUCGAGUUUGUACAGGAGCGAGUUUUAAGUGACGAAGAUGUUUUUUUUUUGUUUCUCGUAAGAGAUUAGCGCAAUCAAUUGCCGCCUCUCUUUUGUCGCCAGUUUAUUUUUUAUUUUAUAAAUUAUAUUAUUAUUUCUUAUUCUUAAUUCGUAACUGUUUUUAAGCUAUCUGGCCCGUGGUGCAGAGCAGUAUACUAAGAAUUGAUAUUAUAACGCAGUAUUAACUAUUAACUUGUACAACGAGGGGCGGUAACAAGCGAUAAACAAACACAUUGGAGGUUCAGAAGGUUCGGGCGUGCGCGGGGUUUGUGGCUCACGUAUACAAACAAACGCUCUCGCGCACCGUGAUAAAUAAUACGGGGAGGAUAUUUUUAUACGAAAUUUUUUCUACAAUCGCAUUGAAAGGCGCGACCGAAACGUGACUUGUAAAUACGUGAAAAUUCUUCAUUUUUCUUGUCAUUUUACCUUUUUCUUUGGCUGUUUGUUCUCUAUUCUUCUCUUUACAAAUUGUUCAAUCGUACGUUAUUGUUCUAUCUUCAAUGUUCAAAUUGUUAUUCACUUACUUUUUACGUGUGUCUUCUUUGUCCGGGACUUUUUAUUUACGAAAUAAACGAAAAGGGGGCUAAAAUACGUUUCAAUGUAUUAUAAAUUUACAAAAGUUCGCUCUCGACUACGCCGAGACUGGCAAAACGUGAUAGAUCAAAACAAACGCGUAUUAUCGCUCGAAUAUUCACAAAAAGAAAAACAAGCAAUGAAGAAUUUAAUGAUGAAUGAAUUAUAAAAAUGGUAUGAGCUGCUCUUACACCGUGUGUUUUGUUCCACGGGCUUCUUAGCUCCCGAGAUGUGCGUAACGAGGGAGGAAAAAACGAUCAUAAUACUCUUAUUUUACAUUUUAAUAGUAUUUAAGCUAUCGCGCGCUAUUCUCACCCCUCCACAGUUUACAAGUAAUCUAGUGAUUGAAGAGAAAAAUGUCUUUUUUUUUCGUCUAUUGAGAAGAAAAAAGAAAAAAUUGAUUUUAUCGUACACAGGCGCACACAUCGAUAUAAAUAUUUUAUUUAUAUUAAUUUUUGCGUCGGUGUACGAGAAUCAAUCGCAAACUCGAAACUGACGAAAUGCGGGAAGAUAACUGAUCAUGACCCCGAAUUUUUCCAACGUUCGCGAGCAACAAUAUUUUUUCAUUCUUUCGCAAUAACAACUUCCAGUUUGUUUUUUCCCAACUAUUUAGAAACUUUACUGAAUUUUGUGGUGAAAAAAAAAACAGUUGAUCCGCGUAGAAAAAAUGAGAAAUUUUGCACCUAAACUUUAUCACGCCGACGCGAUGGGAAAACUUCAGUGUCAUCCGCUCGUCCGAGUUGUAACGCGUACAAAAUCAAUCGAACGGUCAUUUUCACCGUGCAAAUGUAUUUCUGUUUUCUCCCUUUCGCUAAAUUGCCUUGACGCGUCAAUUUGCGGGGGAAAAAAGCGCCGAGUAAGAUGCGAGAGUCCGGAAAAGAAAAUUGCGAAGCCCGCAGUCAGUCAGACGAUUGCCAGUAUCCUAUCUGUACCACUCAUCGUAUUUUUGUUCGAAUAUUAUUUUGUUUUCCCUCUCUCUUUUUAAUAUCACUCCGAUAAAGGUACGAAUACCGAUCUUACCGUCGAAUCAGUACAGGCUCUGACUUCUUUUUGUCUAUUAGACAACGUAUCGCGGAGAAUUUACUUACAAACGUAGAUUUAAUGACAUAGCGGAUUGAGUACGAUAAUUUGUUUGCUUUCUCCUUCGUCUUUUAUCCCACUCGACUUAACGCCUUCGGUCGCGAAUGAUAAUUGUGUUUUGCUUUUUCUCAAGUUCGCGUCUCCUCCAGCAACCAAAAGGGUGGAAAUUUCUCGAUUUUUCCAACCGAAAACCACACGUGACGUGAGGGAAAAUACGAUUGAAUCAAGUACUUAAGGGAAUUUCAAGGUGGAAUGAUGAAGUUGACCCUAAUUGGAAGAAUCUCAAACGUCGAUCCAAGUGCCUCGAAGAUAGCGCCUUUUUUCUCUUGAGCGAUACAAAACACCAUUCGUACGACAGAAAUAACGAUGAUAGUAAACUAUAGGAUCAUUCAGGAGCUUAUUUAGGAUUUAACAGAUUCAGGAAGCUUAUUAUUCGACCAAUUCCCCGAAUGAACAACCCGUAAAAUUUCAAUUUUAAAAUCUAUUGCAAGUAUACGUAAUAAAAUUAUAUUGCUCCUGGGACCUCUGCGUUCAGAACUUUUCCAAAGGCCAUAAAGCUGUUUCUCUUUCUCUGUCUCUCUGUCUCUCUGUCUCUCUCCCUCUCUCUCUCUAGGCUCGCAAAUCAAGCGCCAAUUUUUCCACUCUGCCUCCCACAUUUACGAUGGGUGACAACAUUCAAAAAUAAUAUCCAUCGACGUGACUUUAUUAACAAAACUUCACAUCCCGACUCACAAACCACCCUCUCGACUUCGUUUUUAAUAUAAAUAUUUAUACAUAUUUUUGCUGUUCGUUUCUCUUUUUCCAAUUUUGUACAGAUAACGAAAUAAUCGAUAAAGAAAAAAGUAUUAAGCAACCUCAGUAUAGCGCAUAAUACUUACGGCCAGUGCAUCUUACUACGUGUAUCGUUUAUGUGUCUAAUGUCAUAUAUACCUAAACAAACUUUGCCAAAAAUAGAUUUAGUCUUUGUUACAUAGAAUAUAGUUAAGGGCAUAUAACAAAACAAAUUUUCACGAAUAUCUCAACUUUGUUUUCUCUCAGUUUUCUGAUUUCUCUGAACGCGUCUCCGCCAAACUAUUUUUCAACUGCGUCAUCCCGAAUCGCUUCUUUCGUACGAAAACAAAAAUAUCCCUCUGGAGAAUGAGUCUGCAGCGGAAAAUCAUUCAAUAAGAUUGGAAAAGUUCGAACGAACGUGGUCGGAGCAAAUUUUCUUUCGAGUGGGCAAUUUUUUCAAGUGGAAAAGUUUUUUAUUAUUAUUUAUCCACUUUGUACAAACACAAUCAUGUUACCUCCAACCUGAUAUUAAAAAUCUUUUAUUUCUACAUCAAAAGUAAAAUGUACUUGAAUUCCAAAGCAUCCCAACAGAUGAACGUGGAUCUCAAUGCAAAGAGACAAUCAAUUUUGAGUCACGAAUUUUUCAAAUCGAUUAGAUUUUCACAUAAAUAGUUUACAUUAAUUUUUACUUGGGAACAGAAUCAAAGUUAUUUGAAAGAUUCUAACGAGCGACGCAACAAAAGAGUGUCACAGUCGGGACACCGAGUUCCCUGGACUUCACACUCUGCAGAAAAAAAUUGGCCCACUAGAGUGACAAUUAUUUUGGGGAAUCUGAAAGAAUUUUAUAUUUAUAAAUAAACAGUAUUAAAUGCUCCAUUCGCUUUUCGAAUCUUGAGUAACUUCAUUUCGAGAAUUACGUAAAUAACAAUUGAUUUUAGACAAAACCAUGAGAUUUUACUUAUGAAAAUUGACGUGAGAUUCUUCCUCUGUGCACUUUCCGUCAAAUAUUCAAAUCCCAGCAACAACAGAAAAAUGUUGGCAUUCAAAAUGGAGAUAAAAUAAGAACACAAAUAUCGACGUGUUGCAAAAAUUUAUUGUCGCGUUUUGUUUAUCGUGAUAAAUGCAUUCGUAAAUGUGUGACAAUAUUAUUUUUUCCUCUUUUUAAGAUCUCUUCUGGGAGAUCAAAUGAAAUAUGAUAUUAAGGGCUGACUCAUCCGCUGAAGAAUGGACAGUUAUUUUUUUUGGCAUUUUAUUCAAACUUAUAUUUUCAUUUCACUUUGUUUUUUUUUCUUUCUCUCCUUAUUACCAUCUCACGUUUAACAUUACAACGAUAGGUUUGCGCGCGUUACGUUUUUAUUUAUCGAUAAAUCGUCGCGGUUUAUACAUCGAUUAUUUUAUUGCGAUAUUCAUACGAUAUUAUAUUCAACGCUCCCGAGUCUCCCCUCCUUUUUAUUCCCCCCAUUUAAAUCGUAGGCUUUAUUGUUAAGAGUAGAUUUGGCGAGCUCUCUAUAUACAUAUAUAUAAAUACUAAUGCUGCGAAUUUUAGAUGAUAUUUUUUUACAAUAACGGUAUCACCAAUCGAACGGCGGGUAUUGCUAUUUUACGAUUGAUAUUACUUAAAAACAUAUGACAGAAAAAUGAGUACGAAAGGAAAAGUUAAAAAAAAAGUUGAGAAGGAAGAGAAGAAGAAAAAUAAGAGCAAAAGAAUUGAUAACGAAACUACAAGUGUCUUACGAUCGAGUAUUAGAGAGAAUUUUGUGGAUUGCUAAAACCGAGCGCCAAUUGGGAAUGUUUAUUUGUCGGAGGUGUUUUGGCAAUGGUUCACGCCGAGGCUUUCUUGUAGAACGUUUUUUUUUUAUAUCAGUAUUCCACAACUUUGUUUUAUUUUAUUUUAUUGUACUUCCUUUUUUUUAUGUUUUUUUUUGCGCUAGAAACUAAGACUUCAUUGAGCCUUACUUAAAAACAACAAAAAAACGAUACGCUACGUAAAUCACUUACUUAAUUAUUAAAUUAUUUAGUUCUUUUUUACAUGUAUUUUUACAAUCCCCCCUCCUCCUCGCGCCAAUUCCUAUGAUAUUUUUCCCCCCUCCUCGAACCCGAUCCAACUAUCCCUUUUUUUAUAAUAAUUUAAUCGAGUAACUUAUUGUUGUCCUCUCCGCUCGCAAGUGUCAUCGCGACAAGGUUUCACGUUUUAACGCGGCUCGUAGUAGCCUUAAAGUGGCUUAAUUUAUUGUACUAUUAUUUCCCAUAACGAUUUCGUCUCGUUUAUUUGAGAUUUUUUCUUCUAUUUUUAUCGUUCUUCCCGUCACUGUUUUUCUUUAUUCGUUCAUCAGAAUUCUCAUAAUAAAAUUCCGUGUGAACGAUCAUCCAUCUUAUCUCCGAAUCCAUCCCGUUUUUCGAUCACAUCCUUCAGCCUCGAGGCUUUUCGUCCAGUUUUACCUUCCUUUUUUCAUAUAUUUAAUGUACAUUUGGUUUUAAGUAUCAUUUAUCAAACUGUACAGAUUACGUCUUCGCGUGUUUUGUACGAUUUACGUUUGGCAUUAUGUCGUUGUUAUUUUCUUUUCGAAGCGUAUUGUUCAAUGAGCGAGUACAGAGGUGUGUGUUGAGCAAAAUUUUCACAGCCUAUUUCGUUGAAUGAGAAUUUCAACAGGAAGAAAUCGCGCACUCGAAUCUACUCUGCUUUCAGCCGUCUUUACAAAGCUCUGCAAAGAAAAUAUUGUUUGACAAGAAAAAAAUGGAAAAUAUUCGAAAAAUUAUUUCUCGAGCAGCUCGUUCACAGAGCUUUGUCAAUUCUGCCAGUAAAUUUGAACUUUCGCUCAAAGACGGCUGAAGUUUUAAAGAUUUUUCUUUGUUUUUUACAAAGAACUGAAGUUUUGGUGAAACUCAUCGGCAGAAAAUCGUGUGUCAAUCAUUCUCUAAAGAAUAAUCAAAGUCGUUGCAUUUUUUGGACAAUUCAUUGGUGUUUGGAUGGGAAAUCUAAGUUAGGAGACCACCGAGGGCACUACUUUAUGUUCGUCUACUCUCUGCCUGAAAGUUUUUCGAGUCUAACCGAGCUCACCGAGAGCGGUGUACAUGCAAAAACAUAUUGUUAAACGAGGAUACAUAUAUUUACGUAAUACGCGCGACUAGACACGUGAAAAGUGGUAUAUUUAUAAAGAUAUACAAAUACAUGCGUAAAAUAGUUGGAAUAUACACUAUUGAAUAAUGUAUACACGCUUUCGCAGCGCUGAAGAAAAGAAACCCCGUCUCCCCGUCACGUACGAGUAUUAAUCCGAACUAAUUGACUGAGUAUUAUUUUUAUAUCGAAUAUAUACUUAUAUUGAAUAAUGAUAAAACAAAUUGUAAUAAACAAAGGAAAAUAUUGAAAAAGAAUCUCGACUCUUUCUCUCUCUGUCUCUGUGCUAAGUUUUUUCAAACUUUGAGAACGAAUUUAAGGGCGUACGGUGUCGUACAGUCGAGUCUGAGAAUUGUAACUCAAUAAGACUUUGUAGUAUCUGAUUGUUGAAAUUUGGAUUUUUAUUAGAUUGAAAAUGCCUGUAAGCAUGCAUCGCAGAGUUCUUUGGGGUUCUUGAAAUGCUCAUUUCUACUUUUCGAUUUUGUUCUAAGGCUCGUCCGAACGACUGUACGAUUGUAACGCUUCUGAAAGAGACUCAUCGUAGAAUCCUAAGCAUUGGAAUACUGAAACGUGAGAAAGGUCUCUGAAAAUGGGAAAGAAAAUAAAUUGUGAAAAUUCGCGUCUAACCGUCCGUUUCCGUCAACACCAAGCUCCAGUGAAAUGAAUUCACGAAUAUUGUGUAAAGAAAAGAAAAAAAAUACUACGAGUGCCCAGACGUAUUUUGUAUACAAGAAUGAAGAUGAUACGAAAAUCUUUAUAUCGGCCACUGAAUGGACGAUUUCAAUUGUACUUGAUAGGCGAGAAUGGCUGAACGAAAAAGAGUGUGAAAGAGCGUGAGUGAGAAUGAGAAUAUGAAGUCGCCAGAGAUGAAAGCGUCAUUGAGCGGAUAUUGUUGAGGACAUUCUCGUCGUUGCGAAACAAAUGAAAUAAUAGCAAUAAGAAAGCAAACAAAAUGGAAGUUCAAUAACACGAAGAAAAUAAAAAGAAAAUGAUGAUGACGAAGAGAAAAUAAAAUUUACUUUUGUAACAAGGAAAUUACGAGAUAAGUUAGUUCGGGCUAAGGCCAGCAGCUGUUGAGAUUAUUCAAGGUUGUGCGUAUCGUUAUAAGUAUUUUGAAUUGUUGAAUAGUAAUUAGUCUAUAAGUACGACGAAAAUUAAAAAAAAAAACAGAUCGAGUAAUGGAUAGACAAAAAACAGUAAACAACGGAUUACAAUUAACGCAGAUAUUCCGAAAUAUUGUGACGUACGACGUACUUUCGUUGAUUUUAUUCAACGCCAGCAUCUUUGCAUUAUGCACGAUUUAUGAGGAACAAAAUUUUACAAUAUUAUACAAACGAAUCGUCGUUGUUCACGCGAUUCUCAAUUCUCUCCACAUCUGCUGCGCUUUUUAGAUUUUGUCCUCAAUCAUUUUUUAUCAUUAUCAUUCGUUGAAUUCACGAAAAAAUAAUUUUGCCAUUUUUUCAAAUAGAACAUUUUUUAGCGAUUCUUUUCUCCCUUCUGAUCGAUAUUUUUACAAUUUUGGAGCCAUUCAAGUCGAAUUUCUUUCUUCAAACUUAAUUUGUCAAUAGAAAUGAAAUGUUUGAACGAAAAAAAUCCUCACAAAUCCACUUUUAAAAAGAGUCGUUGAAAAAUCGUCUCGAAAGGGUCGUACGUAACAAUAAAAAGCAUUCUAAAUUAUCUGAAGAAGAAAAAAACAUACACAAAAUCCAAAACAGCAACAUUGCUGCUUCGACGACGAGACGGUUUUGUGUAUUCUGCGAGAUUAACGUUCACGAUAUUGUUGAGGCAAGUGUCGUUUCGUGUUUUUCGACAUUUUCAAUAUAUUUUCAUUGAUAUACUUCAAAUGAAAGAAAAAGAGAGUAAUUCUCAUAAUCGACAGUGAUGUUUCUCCAUCGCGCUUCGUCCCUCCAAUCAAAAAUUAUUGUUAAAUUUCGAAAACCACGAAACGUCAAAGGACCAAAAAAAUUAUAUAUAUAUAUCUAUACAUAUAGAUAAACUACAGAAAUAUUCGACCGGUCAAGAGGGUUGGCACAAUUCAAUUUUUAUACAAAAUAACAAAUAAAUAUAACAAAAAAAAACAAAUAAUUAAGCAAAACGAGACACCAAACCCGACGAUAAUGUGAAGCUCCGAGCGAGCUAGGAAUUCUAAUGAAAAUCAAACGUUGACAGUUUGUUAGUAGAAGAAAAAACAAAGAGACGAUUAUGUAAUUUGUAAAGGAAAGAAAAAAAAACGAGAAA